AUGGGUUUGAAGUGGUUUAAGGCGGCAGAAGAGGAGUCAGAGGGAGAGGAUGCCCGGCACUUGUUGGGACGGGGUCUCCCGAUGCCUGGCCGCUUCCAGCUGCUGUUGGAGUUGCCUCCGGUGCCCUGGGACGUCCAGCUGCAGCACAGCUGGAGCGACCGUGACUGCUCGCCCAACAUGAGGGUCCCGGGUGGUCUGACAGCCCGCCGGCUCCCCGUCCCCGACAGCACCGACUGCCUGCGGGGCAGGGUGGGCUGCCACCGUGGCUUGCACGUCUGGAGGGUGAGCUGGCCGGUGGGGCAGAGGGGCAGCCACGCCGCCGUGGGAGUCGGGACGUCCCGAGCCCGGCUGCAGGCUCCCGGCUACCGGACGCUCCUGGGAGGAGAGGACGGCGAGUCCUGGGCUUGGGGGCUGGUGGACAACCGGUUGUACCACGCCGGCAAAGCCCUCCACUCUUAUCCAGAUGUGUCGGUGGGACCCUUCCCCGUGCCCGAGAGCGUAGUGGUCAUCCUGGAUUCGGACGAGGGCACCUUGAGCUUCAUGGUCGACGGACGGUACCUGGGAGUUGCUUUCCAAGGGCUGAAGGACAAGACGUUAUACCCCAUGGUGAGCUGUGUGUGGGGCAACUGUGGCAUCAGUCUCACCUACAUCAAUCACCUGCCAGGCCAGCCACUGACCCUCACUGAUCUCUGCCGAUGCCACAUCCGGAGAAUCCUGGGAGAGCACCGAAUCUCGGAGGUGGAUUCCCUACCGCUGCCUCAGAUGCUCAAGAAUUACAUACAGGAGUCCUGA